CCGGAAGCAGUAUGUUGUUUCUGCUAGCUUGAUAUCGCUUCUUCUAACUUGCCUGUGAUUCAUGUUUUGUUAGCUAAUCCGGCUAGCAGAUAUCGACUGGUUGAACUCAUCUUCAGAUGAAUAUAUGUGCAUAACACGAUUCAAACGCCACUCCUAGUUAAAGGGGAGAAUGGCAUCUCGACGUAUCCCACCCCAGCCGUCCCAGAGGACGGAAUACCCGGAACCUGACAACGAUUCCGACAGGGACUCGGGUGUUGGGGAGGAUGCAGGGGAGGAUGCUGAAAGAUGUCAUGAAGGCAUGGAAACCGAAGAGGAGAAAAUCGACAAGCAAGAUGCCACAGAAGAAAACAGCAGAGAGGGGGAAGAUUUUACAGUUUUUGUUGCUUUUCAAGGGAAUAUGGAGGAUGAGGACUUCACAAAAAAACUGGAAACUAUCCUCAGUGGAAUACCAAACAUGCUUGAUAUGGGUCCUGAUCGGCUACAGCCACGGCAUGUGGAACCAUGGAACAGUGUGCGGGUUACCUUCAACAUUCCUCGGGAUGCUGCUGAGCGACUCAGAUUGUUGGCCCAGAACAACCAGCAGCAGCUCAGAGACCUGGGGAUUCUCUCAGUGCAGAUUGAAGGGGAAGGGGCCAUCAACGUAGCUGUGGGACCAAAUAGAGGACAAGAGGUCAGAGUGAAUGGACCAAUUGGAGCACCUGGCCAAAUAAGAAUGGAUGUUGGCUUCCCUGGAGGAGUAAGGAUGCCUAACCCGUCAAUGGUUCCUCCCGGACCUAGUAUGCCAGGUCAGGCUAUGGUACCAGGGAGCAGUGGACAGAUGCAUCCUCGUGUUCCCAGACCACCUUCACAAACGGAUGUGAUGGAGCCAAUGAUGCCAGGUAUGUCAGCUCAGCAGCAACAGCAACUUCAGCACCAACAAGCUGGUCCUCACGGGGCUGGCCCAAUGCCUCCUCAGGCAGCCCAUCACAUGCAGGCUCUGCAAGCUGGGAGACCACUCAACCCAGCAGCUCUGCAACAACUACAACAGCAGCAUCAUCAACAACAACAGGCCCAGCAACAAGCACAGCUUUCCCAGCUUGGACCUCGACCUCCUUUCAACCCAUCAGGCCAGAUGGCCGUGCCUCCUGGCUGGAACCAGUUACCUCCUGGGGUCCUCCAGCAACAAGCUGCCCAAGGAGGCCCUACCUGGAGAAAGCCUCCACCACAAGGCCAAAUUGUUCAACGCCCACCUUCCCUUUCUACAGUUCAAACUCCCAGCCACCCACCACCUCCUUACCCAUAUGGCAGCCAGCAAGCAGGGCAGGUAUUCAACACCAUGGGUCAGGGGCAGUUACAGCAGCAACAGCAGGCAGGGGUGGGUCAGUUCGCCACCCCCCAGCCUAAAGGCCCACAGCCUGGCCCUGUUGGAGUUGCAGGACAGCCAAGAGUUCCUCCACCUCUUCCACCAACUUCUGGGCCCCAGGGCAACCUCACUGCCAAGUCCCCUGGUUCCUCAUCAUCUCCUUUUCAGCAGGGUUCACCAGGGACUCCUCCCAUGAUGGCUCAGAGACCCACAACUCCGCAGGGUUUUCCCCAGGGUGUUGGAUCUCCAGGAAGAGCAGCCCUUGGCCAGCAGGGUAACCUGCAACAGGGAUUCAUGGGAAUGCCCCAGCAUGGACAGGCUGGUUCUCAAGUUCACCCAGGAGCUCAGCCGUCAUCCUCUGCAGCAAACUCCAUACAGGGGCCACCCCACGCUCAGCCUAAUGUUAUGGGUGCACAGAGUAUGCCCAUUAUACCUCCUGGUACAACUGCAGGACCCAGCAUGGGACAGCAACAGCCUGGCCUCCAGACCCAAAUGAUGGGCCUCCAGCAUCAGGCCCAGCCCGUGUCCUCCUCCCCCAGCCAGAAGGUUCAAGGCCAGGGUGGAGGUCAGACUGUCCUCUCAAGGCCCCUAAGUCAAGGGCAGAGGGGAGGGAUGACCCCACCUAAGCAAAUGAUGCCUCAGCAAGGCCAGGGGGUGAUGCAUGGGCAGGGUCAGAUGGUUGGAGGCCAAGGGCACCAGGCCAUGCUCCUGCAGCAGCAACAGCAACAGAAUUCUAUGAUGGAGCAAAUGGUUGCCAACCAGAUGCAAGGCAACAAGCAGGCAUUUGGAGCCAAGAUUCCAGCUGGGGUCAUGCCCGGACAAAUGAUGCGGGGCCCUUCUCCAAAUGUUCCUGGAAACAUGGCUCAGUUCCAGGGCCAGGUUGGCCCACAGCAAAUGACUCCACAACAACAGCAGCAAAUGGCUCAACUCCAACAACAGCAGCUACAGCAGCAGCAACAACACCAGUUGCAACAGCUACAGCAGCAGCAUCAGCAGCAGCAGCAGCAGCAGCAGCAGCAACAACAACAACAACAACAACAACAACAACAACAACAACAACAACAACAACAACAGCAGCAGCAGCAACAUCAGCAAAUGAAUCAACAGUCCCAACAGGUUCCUAUUUCUGGGAAUCCUAAUCAAGUUAUUGGGAUGCAUGGGCAACAGAUGAGGCUUCCUGCUGGUCAUCCUCUUAUUCAACAACAGUUGCACCAGCAGCAGUUACAGCAGCAGCAGAAACAACAGCAACAGGCUAUGUUACAACAGCAGCAACAACAGGCAUCUCAACAACACCCACACGCUUUGGGAGAUCCUAAUGGUGGAGCAGGCGACAUGGGCGUCCAACAGAUGAUCCCUGAUAUGCAGGCACAGCAGCAAGGCAUGAUGCAAGGCCCCCAGCACAUGCAGAUGGGAAAUGGCCACUUUGCAGGUCAUGGCAUGAACUUUAACACACAAUUUCCAGGUCAGAUGCAAAUGGGAGGAGCCUGUGGACAACCAGGAGGCUUUCCUGUUAACAAGGACGUUACAUUGACAAGCCCACUACUGGUCAACCUGCUUCAGAGUGAUAUCUCAGCAAGUCAGUUUGGGCCUGGAGGAAAACAGGGACCAGGGGGUGGCAAUCAGGCCAAACCCAAAAAGAAGAAACCUGCACGAAAGAAGAAGCCCAAAGAGGGAGAGGGACAACAGCAAGGAGAUGGGCUUGGUCUUGACGUGGCUGCUGGCAUGGAGGAUUCAGAACUCCCAAAUCUUGGUGGUGAACAAAAUUUGGGGUUAGACAACCAAGGCCCAAAACUUCCAGAUUUUGCCAACAGACCAGCAGGCUUUCCCAGCCAACCUGGAGAUCAGAGAGUGCUGCAGCAGGUGCCAAUGCAAUUUAUGCAGCAGCAGCAGCAGCAGCAACAACAACAACAGCAGCAGCAACAGCAGCAGCAGCAACAACAACAACAGCAGCAGCAGCAACAGCAGCAGCAGCAACAACAACAACAACAACAACAACAG